CCCUCUUCCUGACUGGGUUACUGUACGAUUCCAGUUCUAUGCUUUUUUGCCACAUUGUUAUUUUUUACUUGAUGACCCAUCAGAGGUGAAUGACUGACCGCCCUGCAUAAGGGAAAACAACCUUUAUAAGCUCCGUGUUUGUGGAGUAAACAGACACUGUUUCCACUGACUGCUAGAACAACUUUCUCACCUCAAGAGAUGGACUCAGUUCUACUUUGCACUUUGCUCCUUUGUGGGUUUGGGCUUGGAGUCGCUUCACUUGGAUGGGGUCCACCGGACCCAGCUCCACGUCCAGCGGCUGUCUAUAAAAUGUGCCCUGCUGGUUGGACUCGAUAUCGAGGCGAUUGUUACCUUUAUGAUGACACUGAACUGACUUGGAUUCAAGCUGAGCUCCACUGCAUUUCCAACCAUGGAAAUUUGGCCACCAUCCAAAACCAACAUCAGUACACCUUUCUGAGGAGUCUCAUCUUUAAAUCAGCAGGAACACAUAAGAGAACUUGGGUUGGAGGCUACGAUGGUGUUGAGGAAGGCACUUGGCUUUGGAGCAGAGGUACAAAGUUUGACUUUACCCAAUGGGGCCCUGAAGAGCCCAACGACUUUGAAGGAAAUGAGGACUGCAUGGAGAUAAACCGCGAAGGAGAAGAUUUCGUCAAUGACAUUCGCUGCGGCCGUGAGAAUUCCUUUAUUUGUGUCAGACGCCCAUAACUGAGUCCAGAUUGUCCUGUUGUCACAUGACGAUGCGUCACUUCCAGCAGGAUGUCAAGACAGUGUGGCCAACCUCAAGUCUUGUAUUUUUUUCUAUUAUUGGUGUGAUUUUAAAGUUGAGAUUACAAUAUUUUGCCAGAAUUCCAACUCAUCAGCAUCAGACCAAGAUGCUAUGUUAUCUAUGUUCUGAGUAGUGCAUAGUAAACAUGUAGCUAUAUUUUGUCUAACUUAGCCUCCUGCUGUUUGUGAGAAACAGAUGUUAGAACAGUUGUUCAAAUGUCACAAUGAACCUUUUCAUGAGAAACAGAAAAUAAUACUUUACCAUGUAGCACUUCCUAAAAAAAUAACCAUUCAUACACACAUACACAUUACCAUAUACCUUUCUGUCUUCUGCAUCUCAAAGUCUAAAUGGAAGCGUGUUUAAAAAUAAUAGAUGCUGAAACAAAAUAAAGAUUUGUAUUUCAAUGUUAAUCCUUAUAGCAAUGUCAUAAUUUAAGUAAUAAAGGAAUGGAUGCUGCAAAUUAAUAGCUCAAUGCAAUCAGCCGGGCUUUCUUAGAUGGCAACAUUUUAAACUACUUUGAAUUAAGUAUACUGUACUGUUUAAUAACUAUUAUAAAUUUGAAUAUAUGUGUGAUUGACCCGACAUAAAUUUACUGAAUUGAACUGAAUUACGUUUAAAGAAGCCAAUGAUGUUCAAGUUAAAACUUUAAUUGUUUUCACAUGCAAAAAACUUGGUUGUUUAAAUGAAAUAAAGGGUGAUUCAAUGUUUGCUCAA